UAUAGCUUUGAUUUAUAAAAAGUCUAAAGUUGAUUUUAGGUUUAAGAGAAAAGAGUGAACUUACGAAUUCAUUCCUCCCUCUCGUGGGUUUUCUACGCCACCAAUCAAAAACCGCCACUAGCACAAAAGAGAAGCCCAUUGCCCCCCACAUGUCGCCGAAGCUCCUGCAGCCGUCUGGCCUCUUCGGGUAGCAGCCACUACAAUCCGGCGCAAGCCUCACUGGCGUUGGACGCCGGGAGCAGUAGCUCCUUUUCCCAGCCAAGCGUCGUUGGAUGCUACAGUGCCCGCUGCAGCCGGCUUAGCAUGCCGGCUGUCCCCCUGACGGAGGAAGGAUCUGUCCCGUGAAAAGUGUUGGAGCAAUCUUUCCUCCAAGUAUGAAGACUUGUAAAGAAAGUUCAAGAAAAUAAUAUUGGCGGAUGAAGUUCCGAAGCGUGGCUCUUGACGGUGAAGUUUCGGAGGUGCGACCUCUUGGCAAAAGAAGACUUAGCGUGACAUAGCCGAAUGAAGCACUUGAAAGCAAGCGCAAGGAUAAGGAAACAUGGGCUCGGAAGCAUUCUAAGGACACGAGGCUGACGGAAGGCAUCAAGGGAUCAUGGAUCCGAGGUUGAUCAAACCAGAUUGCACUCAAAUCCGAGCUUGAAUGGGAAGAUCAAGCUUUGAAGCCACAUGAACCAUUCGUUCAAGAUUAAGAGAGAUCUGACAGAUCCGUGAAUAAUCUGAUCCAUCCAAGUAAAGGGGAAGUAGAUCAUAACCAGUGAUCAAGAUCUGAAAAUUUGGAUCAGAUUUGGAGCAAGAUCCACCAUUGGAUCGAUCCGGAAGAAUCACAGCCGUUUGUCACAGAUCUGAGAUCUGAUUUAAAUCACAAGAGAAGCUACAGUUCGUUCGGGAAUUUUCUGCAGUAGCUUCGCGUCAAGAACAGAGGAGUGCGAUCCUUCUCCGGGAUUCCGAUCCACUCCACCGCCGGCGAGCUGCUGAGGUCAAGGGUGUUUCCCUUCCUCCGGUGAUCUUCCAUAUUCGAGCCGGCGAUGCCAUUUCAACAACCUGAUCCAGAUUUGACUGCAUUUUCUGCCGCGAUUCUGAGAGGGAGAAGAAGAACGGAGAAGUGGAGCGAUUUGGAGGUUUCAGUCGAAUUCUCUUCCUCCUUCCAACCGGCGACCUUCUUCCUCGAAGCUCUGUUUAGUAUUUGCUUCGGACUUCUCUGAUUUCUGCAUCGAUUUCUAAUUCUAGCUGCGUUUCAUCUGAUUCGAUUGGUUAUUCACCACUUGUGUGUUGUGGACAUCUUCGUCCAAUACAAUGAGUAUUUGGGAAUGCCCUAGCUCACUUCGGUUCAAUACUUUUCUCUUUAAUUUCUGCAUUUCUGUUUUCCAAUUUCCAGCUUCGUUUAUUGUCUCUUGGCUGUUUAGUUUCAUAGAUCUGAAUUGGUAAGGUUACACGAAGUUUAGAUCUGUUUCUUGUUGUCUUCGAUGCAACUGAAUGUUUGUUAACUCUUUGAGUGGAGAUAUGAUUUGUUCUUGAGUUCAUUGUUUAGUUCAUAAAUGCAAGAAUCUGAAUUGUUUGCUUUGUUCUUGUCUUGUUCUUAUUUUGCUCUUGUUUAGUUUCUAAUUUGUUUGGAUCUGUUAAUGAUGAAAUUCACAGCAUAGUGUGACAAUAUGUUGUGGGUUCAUGAUUAAUAGAUAGAUAGAUAGGAUUUCUUCCAUUGCGUUAGAUUUAGUUUCAUACUUGUCUUACUAUUUCAUUCCUUAAUCCAAGAAGUCAAUAAAACCCAAAACCCCACGAAAAAUAACAAUUCAAUCCUAAAAUAUUAAGCAUUGGCUACAUUCAUUGGGAGACGACCUGAGUUAUCUCUAUGCUACAUUAGUGUAGGAUGGAUUCGGUUACUUAAUUCUUUUGAUACCCAUUUCACGACAAAAUUAGGGUUUAUCAAAAUUGGCGCCGUUGCCGGGGACUGUAGUGGUGUUUGAUACCUUAGGAUUGUUACUUUUUCUUUUCACAUAAAAAUUUGAAAAAAAAAAUUGUUGCAAUUGCUUUCAUGUUCAUAUAUCCAUGUGUUUGAUCUUAUAUGCUCCUGUAUCUUCUGAUCUUAUCUGCUAGUGUUUCAGUAUAAGAACAGGAAUUUCUUUGGCCAUGGAUCCAUAUUGUCAGUACUAUCAGCCUCAGACUUGGUUCUAUCAAUCUGAACAUCAGUACUACCCACCUGUGGAUUAUGCAAGUUUCUGAUACGAGGUUGCACAAGGACAAUUUGAUGAGUCAUAUCCAUUAUAUCAAAGACCACAGGGAGUUCAAAAUGAUUAUAUAGCUAUGCGGAAAAAGAUUCGUGGUAUUCAACAAUUCGAGGAGGAGACAUUGCAUGAAUAUUGGAAGAGAUUCAAGGAACUUUACUCCAGUUGUCCUCAACAUCAAAUCAGUGAUCAAAUGCUUAUCUUACAUUUUUAUGAUGGAUUGUUGCCGUUUGAUUUGUACAUGGUGGAUAAAGCUAGUGGAGGGCCCUUGAUUGAUAAAACUCCUGAUGAAGCCAUGAAACUUUUGGAAACCAUGGCAGCCAAUCCUCAGCAAUUUAGAAAUGGACAACCGGUUACCUUAAGAGUUAAUGAGACCUUCCCUACAGAUGUAGAGGUGUCUGAGCAGAGGGAUUUUAGUGUUUUUGACAGACCCGGUCUUGAUUUUAUUACUUCACAGGACUCCUCUAGUAUUUCUUGUUAUGAUUCUGUAGUUGUAAGGAAUUCUAAUUCUAUUGAUAUUGUUGUUGCAGAUGUUAUCGAUGAUGCAGGUACUGAUGUAGAUGAUGAUGUAAGUGUAGGGGAUUGCAUAUUGGAAGCAAUACCCCGAGAAUCACCUGAACCAGAUGUUGAUGAUGAGAGUGUAGGGACUUAUGCUGUGGAAGCAGAGCCCCAAGAAUCACUUCCCUUAGAUACACCACCUGAGCUAGAGUCUGAGCUAUUAUCUCAUGAUGAGGAGGUCAUAGUCACCAUUCUAGAACCUCCAGGUACCUUCCAACAUGACAAGGUUAGUAUUCCUUGUGAUUUAUUAGAAAAUUUCAUAGAGGUACCAUUAAUUGACUUUAUUGGAUGUGAUGCAUUUCUUGAUACAUGCUUUAUAGGGACUAAUAUUGUUACAUCUUUUUCUUACCUUAUAUGCUUGCGAGGGAUGUCUACUUUCCAUCUUUAUAAGCUUCCGGAGUGGAUGCUUAAAUUGAACCGUCUUCAGCCUCUGGGGCAAAUUUUCAAGGAGCAUAUGGUGGGAGGAGAGGUCUUGACCUCAAUACACAAUAUUCCACUUCUAAAGUGGAUUUUGUACCUUAACCGACUCCAACCACCGGGAAAGACCAUUUCAUUACCGACGUGGAUGCUACUUCUAAAUCGUUUGCAACCGCCCGGAAUUGAGGGGAGUUUGUUCCUUGCUUUUAUAUUUUUGCUCUAUACCUUUCUUUAGUUUCAUACCUUACAUUUGCAUUUUGUUUCUAUACUUUGCAUGUUGUUUAGUCUACAUAGCAUUUCAUUUUGAAUAAAAUUCUUCAUGGAAUUUUCUAGUAAUAUUUGUAAGAUGGUAAAAGCUUUUUAAAUUUGAUCAUCAAUUUAGGUCAUUUAACAUGAUUG